UACGCCAUCUCGUGCCUAUAAAGCAACCAACCCGGCUGAAGGAGGGGCAGUGGUCAAAAGCCUUAUCCGCCACUCGCCUCCGCACCUCUCCAGCCGCGUGCGCUCCACGCCUCCUCCAGGGGAAAGAAGAGCGUGUGCUUCAUGGUAGGUUUGUUGCAGUUUCUGCAUAAAGGCCAGCAAUUCAAAGCUUGAUCAGCUCGGUGCCAAUCAAACUUCAACAACCAAGUUUCAUGUCUGAUCUCGACGUCCAGCUGCCAUCUGCCUUCGAUCCGUUUGCUGAGGCAAAUGCUGAGGACUCCGGUGCUGCUGGUACCGGAACAAAGGAUUAUGUGCAUGUGCGCAUCCAGCAACGCAACGGCAGAAAGAGUCUGACUACUGUUCAGGGACUGAAGAAAGAGUUCAGCUACAACAAGAUCCUCAAGGAUCUCAAGAAGGAAUUCUGCUGCAAUGGUACUGUAGUCCAGGAUCCAGAGCUAGGCCAGGUCAUUCAGCUCCAAGGCGAUCAGCGCAAGAAUGUCGCCACUUUCCUAGUUCAGGCUGGGAUUGCAAAGAAAGAGAACAUCAAGAUUCACGGGUUCUAAGCGACCUGUAAAUGCUUAUGCGCGCUACAUUGCGCGCUACCAGAUAUUGGGAAAGCUUGAAGCAGUGAUAAUACUAGUUACUGUUUUCUGUAAGAACAUAAAUACCGUCGUGCUAUUAUCAAGUGUGUCUUGCUUGAUGCAAGUUGCGUUGUCGCCUCGUUAUGCACUACCAGCAUAUCGGUAUGGCUUGUAUGGGAUGUUGCCAACUUAAUAAAAGUACUCGUUGUUUGGCUGUA